AGAACCCUUAGUUGUGGUAAAUUCUUUCCGCUGUAGCCUGCAUAUAGCUAACUGCUUUACAUACCUUCGCUUUGUCCUGAAAUGUUAAAUAAAUGAGACGAAAAGACAAGCUUCACUGCACUAGGGAGAUUCUGUCAGCUUUCCAGCUUUUCCCGGUGGAUUAUUUCUGCAAACGAUACUGCGUUUUUCAAGAGGACGCCAUUAUGACGCAACAAACCACUCCCAAAAUCAAAUCUGUCGUUGCCUUGACAACAAUGUGCGUAAUCACUGCUCUACUCUUCUGCAGCCUGCCUCAAGUGGACUCGUUGGGAUCAGAAUGCUACACUAUAACUGGCGAUGAUUACAGAGGGAAACAAGACAAAAUAGAACUCCCGGAUGUGGCCGGAGAUCUCAUUACGUCUGCCGCUUGCUUGCCGUGGAACCAGUCAGAAGAAAGUCGAAAGAAAAACGCCCCGGAAAAAGGAAUCGGGAAUCACAAUUACUGUAGAAACCCAGAUAAUGACAUUCUUCCUUGGUGCAAAGUCGAUGGCGUUCAAGGAACCGACGGAGCAUGGGGUUAUUGUCAUCUGCCUACAUGCAAAGUGCCUGGGUAUCUCGGAUGUUUCCCGGACCACGGCAAUCCUCCUGCAUUGGACGGUGUCGACGUUACCUACAAAGUCAUGACGGUUGGGUCCUGUCUCGAAUUCUGCAGACGUCAAGGUUACAAAUACGCAGGACUAGAAGCAGGUCAUGCUUGCUACUGUGGGAACUAUGGUUACGGUCGUUAUGGUCAGUCUUCAGAACGAGGAACACGUUGCGCCACCAAGUGUUUCGGGAACAAAAGUCAACCUUGUGGAGGUGAUGGUUACGUGGACGUUUACAGAGCAGAUAUCGGGACGUGUGGGACAAAAACUCCUCUUCUAACGCCAUCCGGGGCAGUCUACUCUCCGGGUUACCCUGAUCGUCCAAGCAAUGAUAUUUUGACAUCGUUGAAAGCCUCUGAAGCUAUGAUGCAGCAGUUGAAAGAUGAGAUAGCAAAGGCACAAGGUCUUACUCGCGAGAGCGACACAACUACAAGCAGCGAUUUGCCAACUUCGCCCGAAAAUUCUUGCGAAUGGAAAAUAGACAUCAAACAAGCUUCACAAAUUAACACUAUAAUAAAGAAAAUCGAUUUGAAAGGCAAAUUGGGGGGCGUACUUGAAAUCGAAGCUGGAAAAGGCGCCAUGGUUGUCGUCACUGUUCCUUCCAAGUUCGUGACGUCAUUAAAUGAUACGUCAUCAACGCCUGAAAAAAUAAUAAUAAAGUCUCCGAUAGUUUGGGUCACGGACUCAACAGUAUCGAGGCACGGAAUUGAUAUUGUCAUUCCUGACAACAAAACGGAAAAUGGGAGCACUGAAUUUCAACCAGGUGAGAAGCCCCAAUGGUCUCCAAAUCUAGCCAAACAACAAUGGCCAAGAUACGUCAUACCAGCCGAUAGUUUAGAACCAAUGGUAUCAAUCGAGGGCGGGGUCUUCGCAAUUCGUUUCCGCCGUGGUGCAGAACUAAUAGCGUCAAUGCAGUCAGCCUUCGACCACCAUCAUCAGGGACUAAGCAGUCGCCGUAAACGAAAAAGCGCCGACUGGAGUCGUUUCGUACUGGAGUACGAAGCUACUUUUCCGGAGGAGGUACACCACGUGAAAACCGAUGACGCAAACGUGCCUGAUGGCGUCAAAAAUACCAGAAAACAUUCAGGUACUGGUAGCACACGACGACACAAAGUCAGUAGACGUAAGAAGCCGAGGAAGCCAGACAACGGCCACGACAAAUCUCACCCUAAAAACACUCUUACCCCCGAUAUGGGACUGGGGCAAACUCUUUUCAAGAUCUCAAAAGAAGACGCAACAGCGAUCAGGGACGCGAUUGCGAAUCAUCCGGAUGACGCAGACUGGAGUGAAGGGUCAAAAUCGACGAUCAAAAUUGAAGUAAUUGUUGAACCCAGACCCGGAAAUCCUUCGACCAGUGAGAAACCGCCGGAAGGGAAACCAGCAAUGUCAGAAUUCACCAUUCCACUACUUCUGGCUGUGCUCUUAACUACAACAACAAUUCUAAUCCUUUCUGCGGUGUUAGUAAUUUUCCGUCGGGGAGGAAUAUCGAACAAGAAGAAUGAAAAAUCAAAACAAAACUUCACUCGUGGUCUCGUCGUUACAUGUCCUCAAGAUGGCGAUAAAGAGAAGUCAGGAUCCAACUCAGACGUGUCCUCAAGUUCGACAGCUGAAUCGGUCAUUCUCACUGAUUCUGAAAACUCUAAAUAUUCUCCACGACCCCCACAGUCCAGUUCGCCACCAGUGAGCCCAACAACCAUCAAGGAUUUGAUGGAAUUUCUGAAAAGUCAGCCUGGACUAAUACAAACUUCUCCGCCUGUUGAACCUGAUCCAUAUAAACAGAUUCCAUCAAGUUCUCAUUUCUACGGUGCAGAAGGAGGGCGAAAUGAUCUCCGAUCGGACGACGUAACCCCCUUGCCUGGUCCGUGCCCUCAUUGCUGUGGAUGUUCGGAAGACAAUCGCGCACACAGACACGGAGAUUCCUGUCGAACACAUCACAAUCAAGGGAAAUACGGAAAACCCCAUCAAAGCGGUUCUACAUCGCGACCUAGUGGUAAUAAAAACACUCGCGGACUUUCCCUCCGCCCUUGUAAAGGUAAUGCGAGUACACAACAGAUGCUGGCACCACCUUUGUCUCCAAUAAGCGAAGUGUCCUCUGUGACGUCAUCGAUGAUGUCGUUACCGAUUACGUCUUCAAAUUCACAAACGUCACUUCUCAAACAAACCCCGAAAAGCACGCCACACAAAUUGCCCAAAAAAGACUACAAAGAGACUAGCCCAGAAACUGAAGCUUUUCUGUCCCAGGCUAGCGAUGCUGAAUCUGGCAUCGUAGACUCUAUUCAGCCCAAGAAAUCCGAAUUAUCUCCGCGUAAGCAACCAAAACUACGGUUUAGCGAAACUGUAGGCGAAAAAAUCGUCGCUGCACGAUAUCUGGGGGGUGCUGCAGGCGCGUGUUACGAUAGCGGUUAUGCUACCUCCAAUUAUGAAGAGGAAGAAGAGAGAAUGAAAAAUGAGAGUAAAAAGUAUUCAUCCGUAUCUAACGGAGAUUGUGACGUAACAAUCUAGUGAAAACCGCGAUUUGGCCAGAGUUGCCAGAUGUAAUACACCAAGUCCCGAUUCGUAAGACACGGAAGAGAAGGGGAAAACGAUAAACUAACAUGAAAUAUGGCAUCCCUCGUGUCGCCAUAACUGAUAGCCUCCUAGUAGCGAGUAUCGUGGGAAAAAUAUACGAGAACUUGAUAUAUAUAUAAAGUAUAAACAUAAAAUGCUUUUUGAUCGAGCGCAUUCAAUGUUCGAUUUUUUACUCAUUUUUUCUGUUCAAAAAUUUAUAUAAAUGUGUUAUAAAAAUAGACUUGUCUGCAAUAUCAUUAUGGGAUCAAAUUCUUGAAUUUUUAGUGUCAGUGAACAUUAACUGACAAUUGGAUUUGGGUAACCUUCCCUUCCCUCAUACUUAAAGGUAACGAUGUGAAAAAUUUUGAACCCUGGUAAACCAAGAGGUUACAUGAUAUAUGUAGAAUUAAUAAUGGUAACUGUUUUCUAUUUUGCCUUGCGUGAGAGGAUAGAUACUAAAUUAGUAAACUAAAUAGGGUUUCAAGCGUUUGUUCUGCUGGAUUUCUCCAGCAAUUUUACUUCAAAUAUAGACACAACUCAGCCGCUAAUACCUCUGAUGUUAUUACACAUUUAUUCUUGAUCGAAGUUUUUUUUUAUUCACAUAAAACAAUAAGUCUAGGAUUUUCUGUAUUUUUCCUGCUUUAGUUUUUUGUUUUUAUUAUAAACAAAUUGUCUCUGUUUGAACUUUUGUAAAAAAAAGUGUUUACCAAUAUAUACAAUUUCACAACAGUUUCGAUAUAUUGUUUACUGUUUCUCAUUUUUAUUGUAUUGGACCCCUUAAGUUAUCUAUGAAAAACUAAAAUUCGAACCUAGUUUUUCUAUUUUAAUUUCACAACACCCUUAUUCCCUCCCCACCUAGCACAAUGCAACCUUUUAAUCGCCCCCUAUAAUUCAAAAGAGAUUACUGAUAGGAAGGAUAAUACAGGCACGAGCUACCUAUAAAAGGAGAUACCCGUUGAUAGGUUCCUCAUUAUGAGUAUCUGCGACUCUACUUUGAUUAAUCAAUCUAUUAGAGAUGAUCCUAAAAAUAGUAUUUUUUCAAAUAAAAAUCAGAACAAGGUCUUCUUGAAGACUUAAGGGGGAAAAGAUCUGGUUAUUUCGCUAUACAUAUGCGAUAGAUUAUUCAUCAAAACGCAUUUUUGGAAAAAUGUCAAUUUUGAAUCAAUGAAAUAUUGUAGUCUUAUAACAUUGUUUGUUAGAGACUUCUUAUAAAAUAGUUUUUAUUGAAAAAAUUUUAAAUGCAUUUAAUAAAAUGCCAAUUUUGAAUCUAUAAAAUAAGUAGCCUUGAUAACAUUGUUUGUUGGAGACUUCUUAGGAAAUGGAUUUUAACAUAUUGCAAACACGCUCAUACACAUUGCACUACUUAAUUUGUAUUGAAUCGUCGGGACAAUUGGAUGUAAUUUUUGAAUGUUAUCUGUUUGGACAAAAAAUCAUUACAAAAUCUGAAAUUUAUUUAAUUAUCAAAAUUGAUUAACAUCGCGGGGAAUACUUGAAUUCAUUCAUUUUUCCUUAUUUUUUGUCAAAUUAUAAUUAAUUUAAAAUUGUAAUUAUUAUUUCUUUUUUAUUUACUAAGUUCAUGAAAAAAUGUAAAAAAAUUACUAAAAUAAAUUAAUCUUUUUAUAUUUCGAAUAAUGAUUUCACCAUGCCUUCAAAUAUUCGCCAACUUGGAAAGGCACUAUUUUAUUUGCACUGAUGUCACAAUACGUUGUCAAAUUGGUGGCAUUGUGACAUCAAAAUUGUAUAUACACUUUCAAUAAGUUUUUUUCUAUUUUAUGCCUCAUUUUUUUGGUUAUCGGUGUUUGUUUUGUUUUUCCUUUUUGUUGUUUAAUUUUCUCGAAAAUGUGUAUAUUAACUUCACCAUUUUUGUAAAUUCUGCGACAAAUAAAAUGAAUACACUUUA